AAUGAGCAAAAAUAGUUGUGCGCACAUUGGCCGUUUCAAAACUACAACAUUUCUCUUUUUCUCCAAUCAUCCAUUUUCUUCCUCAAUCCUCUCCAAUUUCUCCUCCGUCCGACGCCGACGCCGUUCCGAUCUCUCCUUCCGGUUUUGGGAGAGAAGAGAGAAGAGAUCAAAGUGAUCAUGGCAAAUAAAUUGGAUCAUGAGUACGAUUAUCUGUUUAAGAUCGUCGUGAUUGGGGAUUCUGGAGUGGGAAAAUCAAACAUUUUAUCCAGGUUCACGAGAAAUGAGUUCUGUUUGGAGUCAAAGUCCACUAUUGGCGUUGAGUUUGCCACCAGAACUCUUCAGGUGGAGGGGAAAACAGUGAAGGCCCAGAUAUGGGACACUGCAGGGCAAGAAAGGUACCGAGCCAUUACCAGUGCUUAUUAUCGAGGAGCAGUUGGUGCCCUCCUUGUCUAUGACAUAACAAAGAGGCAAACAUUUGACAAUGUUCUGAGGUGGCUACGGGAAUUGAGAGACCAUGCAGACUCUAAUAUUGUAAUCAUAAUGGCUGGAAACAAGUCUGACCUUAGGCAUCUUAGAGCAGUUUCUGAGCAGGAUGGUCAAGCUUUAGCUGAGAAGGAAGGGCUGUCAUUUCUUGAGACGUCAGCAUUGGAAGCUUUUAACGUUGAUAAGGCGUUUCAGACUAUAUUGACAGAUAUAUACCAGAUCAUUAGCAAGAAGGCAUUGGCAGCCCAGGAAGCAGAUACGAGCGCUACACUUCCUGGUCAGGGUACAACCAUCAACGUUAGUGAUACCUCUGCAAAUGUGAAGAGAGGCUGCUGUUCCACUUGAGUUGAGGUUUCAAAAAGGAAAUAGAAUUUGUAGCAAGGCAUAAACUUUUGUAUUUUCCCUUGUUUCUUUUCUUUUCUUCUAUUUCCUUCAUUCAGAGCAAGAGAGGCUCGUAGAUUACUUUCUUGAUUGAUAAAGAGAAGAGCUUGUUCAUGUUAAUAUUGCCUAGUGGUUUAGGACAAUCUAUACUUCAUAUGAUACACACUUUACCCAUUUACUUAAGAAAAUUGCGGAUACUGGUGAUGUUGGCAAAACCAAAUUAAUCUGAUCUCUAGGACUCGGUGGUACACGAGUUGUUAAUUCAA